AUGAAGCCUGCGGAAGUGCUGAUUGAAUCCACUGGAUUUCUUGAAAUAUUAACAGAUCAGCUGAUAAAUGAAGCACUUCUAAAAUCUCUUCCAAAACUGGUUACUUCACUAUCAGCAUCAACUGAGGGGGCAGAUGAUGCAGCAGUGGCAAUCACACAACAACCGACCCUGUUAGCAAGAGUGUGGCAAUUCAGUGUUGGAGGGACAGAUAUAAGAAUUAGGGGAAUGGCAAAAGGUUCCAGGAUGAUCCACCCCAAUAUGGCUACCAUGCUUGAAGUAAUAACAACUGAUGCAAUGGUUAGCAGUGAUGUUUGGAGAAAAAUGGUUCAAGUUGCUGUCAACCGAAGCUUCAACCAAAUAACAUUUUGGUAG